AGAAUAUUUCUUACAAUUCCUGUGACAACAUGCAGCUCAGAAAGAUCGUUUUCGGUUUUUCGGCGCUUAAAAAUUUAUUUGCGUUCAACAAUCAAUCAGCUAAGAUUAAACCAUUUGGCCAUACUACAUUGCUAUAAAAAAGCGCCACAAUCUAUCAAUUGA